ACGAACCGUGACUAGUCCGUUGCGCAACGAACCGGAUUGCAUGAAAGAGAAAAAUGCAGCGAAUGAGCUCUCUCUCACUCUCUUUUUCUCACAUAUUUUUCAUCCUUCCUCCUUUGUGUGAACAAUGCUUCGAAUACAAACCCGAAUCACUCCCGUCUCAGCCAUUGCUCCUUUCUCCGAUCAAUCGAAUUCGAAUGCAAUUUCCUCGGUUUCGAAUACGUGGCAUUUCUACAUCCGCUUCACCUUCACAACCAAGAAGCGCUUCCUCCGUCGCGACAAAUCGCUUAUCGUUUCCUGCAAAUCUUAUAGCAGCGGAUCCAGAUCUUGGAAUCGCGACGAUGAUGAAUUCCUCCAGGCAUUCGUCCUCACUCCAGAAACAAUCAGACACUACUAUUUGCGUAGACAAGGGUUUCUAGACAAGACAAAAUGGCGCUCGUCUGGUAAUUUAUUUCCUGUUUCAAUUCAGGCUAAAGAACCCAAUUCCAAUGUUAGUUCAUGGGCGCAUGGGUUUCUUCGUCGGUUCCAGAGUCCCACAAUUUUUCUUAAAAUGGCUUGUGAUAGAGACCUAUUGUUGCCAAUUAUCGUAGGGGAGUUCGCAAUAGAAAAACUUAUAGAUGCUUUGAAAGAGGAUGAAAAUGGGGACUUCCUAAAUCAAUUCAAGUUCAUGAAAAAUCUUGUUGGGUCACUGGGGUACGAGGUGAAAAUGGUGCGGAUAACAGAAAGAGUGGUAAAUACUUACUAUGCCCGCAUAUAUCUUGGCAAGCCAGGUGAAAAUUCCAUUACAAGUGUUGAUGCACGCCCAUCAGAUGCAAUAAAUGUGGCGGAAAGAUGCAAGGCACCGAUUUAUGUAAGCAAGAAUAUUGUCUCGACUGAUGCUAUUAGAAUUGUUUAUGGGAAGUGGAGAGGAAAUGAUGCAAAGUCUAAUUAUGAUGUAUCCUUGGACAGUGCUGCAGAAGGACCGGACUCACUAGCUGAGGAGCUUGACUUGCUAAGAAAAUUAAAUAUAGCCGUGAGUGAGGAAAGGUACAAUGAUGCAGUGUUUCCUUUUUCUGGCAGCAAUGUGGAGGGACCAGCUCACCAAGCUUCGCAUGUCCAAACAUGAACAUUAGCGGCUUACUAAAUGAGAGGACAGUUAAAAUCAUUUGUGGCCAAUACACAUGGGGACCCACCCAAUGAACUAGUCCAUUAUGUAGCGCCAUAUCUUGGAGCUCACGAUAAGGAUCAUCAAUCUAUGGUGCAUCUAGUACAUAACAUCUCAUCUAAGGGCCCGUUUUAGAGCUUGUAUUUUGAAUAACUCCAAUUCUGAAUCAAGGUGAUUCCGAAUCCUCAGUCGUGUUUGACAGCUUGUAAUCGGAAUGCACUUGAUUCCAAAAAUUGAAAUGCAUUGAAAUUCUGUAGUACAUUUACAAGAGUUUGAAUGUGAUUACUAAAUUAAUUUUAA